GUGACAUUUCAGGUGAAGAAAUUAUUGCCGACUUUCAUCAUUCACAUCGACUACCAAAGGGUUUGAAAUGGCUUGUCAUCAGAAGAUCUCAUUAUUGUUACUCAUCUUUUCAAGUCCAGUUGUUUUACUAGAGUCAUGUGACAGUCGGUGUCUGGCAAAAAAACUAAUUGAUAAGAAAGAGAUGAGUGCGCCGCAGAACGCUCAAUGUUCAGUCACUGUAAACGUCACUUUAGUGCAGUACGAGACACUGACUUUUGAUACUAAGGAAAUGCAAAUGAGCAGCCGUGUCUUGGUAAAAAUGAGGUGGACAGAUCCUGAACUUGCCUGGGAUGACACGAUAUCUAGUGCUGCAUCUGUUAUGUUGCCAGUUCACAAAAUCUGGACUCCUGGACUAGUUUUGGACAAUGUGAUAGAUGUUACCACAAAGACUUACACAGAUGAUGUAGCAGUGAAGAAUGAUGGAACUGUGAACUAUGCGGUUGUCUUGUUUAUAGCAGUGAGCUGUGAUAUCAGCCUUUUCACCUACCCCUUUGUGACAGGGGAUUGUGGUGUGGCUAUCAAUGGGUGGAACCAAAGUGAUUGUGACCUUUCAUUUGUAUACCUUAAUAAUGCUACUAUGUUUGGAUCGAGCCAGUGUGGUGAGUGGAACACUGAGAGUGUGGCAAUACAAUCUGAUCAACAGGCUCCAUCUCGCAAUUAUCUCUCGGUCACUUUAUCCAUCAAUCCUUUCUGUGCGGUAGUGACCCUGAUUCUUCCCAGUGUAUUAAUAAUGGUGGCUGAUCUGGUGAGCUUUUCUCUGCCAAUUCAAGGAGGAGAACGCAACAACCUAAAGGUCACCUUGGUCCUGAGCUUCACCAUGUUUCUCCUCAUCCUCAAUGAUCGUCUGUCCAGUGGUGGGAGAUGUGCACCUCUUCUCCAUUAUCACUUCUGCUUCUGUCUGGUUAAUCUGGUGCUGAGCAUGGUGAUGUCUUUAGUGCUGACACAUCUGAUGACUGCUGACGGCCUUCUGACUUAUAGAUGUUCAAAGAGAAUCGAAAGACAAAAUACCCAUCUGGAUCAGGAUGAAGAUGCUGGUGUGAUUGUGACAACAAAAACCACUGAAUUAGAGAUGGCUUCCAUCCAGAAAACGGUGAAUGUUUUGGAAAACAUCAACCAAACUAACCAACGAGCAAACAGCAAUGAGGUCUUUGUAGACUUUUUGGACAAACUAUGUUUCUUGUUUUUUUUGUUUGUUGACAUAAUUUACGUCAUCACUGUCUGUGUCAUUGUCACCAAAACAGAAAUGUGCAAAUCCCAAAAUCCGAAAAUCUGGAUCACGUUAGUUUCCUAA